CAAAAGUCGUGCAAGAGCUUGGCUCUUAUCGCCAAUAUCGUAAAAAUACUCACACGUUUAUCAAAAUCCUGUCCUUUAUGAGGACCAGAGUUGACAAAUUAAAUCCAAGUAUAAAAUGGGAAGUCGAACUGGGCAGUUCGACUUGGAUUCGUAUUGUUAAUAAAACAGCAUCGAUCGAUGGAAAAGAUUAUGCAGUGUUAGAGGACUGAACCUUCUUAAACAUAUAACAACAGGAUGACGUGUAUUAUAGGAAUUGUAUUUUAAAAAUUCCAAAGAGGUCGCAGUUUUCCGCUUGCGUGGAUCAGUCAGAAUAACGGGGAUACGUAAGUGCGCAACGGAUUUAGGCAUAACAAAGAAAAAUGUUUUUAGAGUUGCGUCGAUGUUCAGCUACAGAAGGAAUGGAAAAUCGGGCUUUUGAAAAUGACAACGGCGAAGGGCUCGGUGAAACUAAACGAGACGACGAACUCACGGUCGAGUCAGAAGUUCAAGGUCAGAACGUGUUUGGCGACUCAGAGCCUAAAAAUGACGUCAUAGGAGACAAUGUCGAACUUGUAGAAAGUGAAAACGUGGACGAUGGUUUUCAAGAUGACAAGUCAAUAGUCGACAACCAUAGGAAAAUCAGUCCGGUUGAAAGUGUAGCGUCCUCUCUCUCUGAUACGGACUCCGGCCAUGAAACCACCGGGGAAAACUACGUGAAGACCGGGGAAAACUACGUGAAGACCGGGGAAAACUACGUGAAGACGCCCAAGAGAGUCAAGAAGGUGAAUGCGAGCUGCGCGGAUAAAAUUGCAGAAUGUGAGAACAGCGCAUCGCAUGUGAACCAUAUUGCGCCCGACGCUGUCAUACUGGAUGUUGCGAUUCUUAAACCUAAAGCUCAAGCUCAAGAUGAGGUUUAUCAGCUGAUCAGGGCCGACAAUCUGGACAGAAAUGGCAACCCGAAAUUGCACGUUCAGCGACCGGUUUUCAAUCAGCAUAACCUCGAUGAAAACUAUGAGCCGAGCAAAAAACCUGCGGUUAAAGUCAAAGAGGCACUACGAAAGAAGGUGUCCAAAUGCGUGUGCUCCCUGGGCUGCUUUAAGGGUUUCUUGCUCAAUCUGUUCCCCUUCUUUCCCAUCAUGAAGAGCUACAAUAUCAGGACGGAUCUGCCUGGGGACAUUGUGUCGGGGCUGACUGUUGGAGUCAUGCACAUUCCUCAAGGCAUGGCGUAUGGCAUGUUGACGACGCUGCCACCAGUGUAUGGACUUUACAUGUCCUUUUUCCCAGUGCUGCUGUAUUGCUUUUUGGGAUCUUCCAAACACGUCUCUAUGGGUACGUUUGCUGUCGCCACCCUGAUGAUUGGGUCAACUGUUAGCAAGGGUUUCAGCCUUGUGUCCCAGGACAGUAGCAUCCCUAUCCUGACCCCCAAUGACACAGACAAAAACACCACCAAUCCUCUGGCCAACACGGACGAAAUGAGCGAUGAGGAGCUUGAUAUUCGAUUGCAGUUUGCAAUGUCUGUCUCUCUUGUUGCUGGUGUAAUUCAGCUGCUGAUGGGCAUAUUUCGGCUGGGCUUUGUUACCGUGUAUCUGUCGGACUCGCUCAUAGCGGGGUUCACCACGGGGGCCGCGUGUCAUGUGUUCACCAGUCAGAUCAAGCACAUCUUCGCCAUCAAGACUGCACGAUACAACGGCGCUCUGAAAUUGGUUUAUACUUAUAUAGAUUUCUUCUCGAAGAUUGCUCAAACGAACUAUGUGACCGUACUCAUGUCGUUGGUGUGUAUAGCGAUCCUAUACAGCGUGUCUACCUACAUCAACCAGAAUCCAAAGCUGAAGGCCAAAAUGUUCAUGCCUGUUCCCAUUGAACUCAUCGUGGUCGUAUUAGCAACGGUGAUCUCAUAUUUUAUAAAGCUGGAAACCAAAUACAGUGUGCCCGUGGUCUCUGACAUUCCAACAGGGUUACCUAUGCCAAACCUGAAGAAUUUUUCUCGAAUUCCCGAUGUAAUCUCAGAUGCCAUAGCACUCUCGAUCGUCAUCUUUGCAAUCUCAAUCUCCAUGGGAAAACUUCUGGCACAGAAGCACGACUAUGAAGUCAAUGCUGAUCAGGAACUGGUGGCCUACGGUAUUUCAACGAUAAUCUCCUCAUUUCUCUCGUCUGCUGCCCCGUCUGCAUCGCUGUCCAGAAGUCUUGUCCAGGAACGAGUCGGCGGUAAAACACAGGUUGCUGGCCUGAUUUCUUGUGCUCUACUGCUGGUCGUCAUCCUGGCUAUCGGACCCUACUUCAGAACAUUGCCAAAUUGCGUGCUGGCAUCCGUCAUUAUAGUCGCCCUCCGUGGAAUGUUUUUGCAAGCACUUGAACUGCCGAAACUCUGGAAAGUCUCUAUUAUUGACUUCGCUGUGUGGAUUGUAGCCUUCCUGACUACAGUUUUACUGGAUGUUGACCUAGGAUUGGGCUGCGCAGUCAUUUUCAACAUUCUCACCAUCGUGUGUCGAAGCCAAAGACCUUAUGCAACCCUUUUGGGACAGAUACCUGGCACAGAUAUUUACAGAGACAUCCGUGUCUUUAAGAAGGCCAAGGAGGUGCCAGGGUUGAAGAUCUUCAGGUUUGAACAUUCCCUAUUCUUUGUCAACAUAGAGCACUUCCGUUCACUGCUGUACAAGAAAAUUGUGAAUCCGCGAACACUCAAAAUCACCCAGAAGAAACGGGCCAGCAAGAUUGCAAAGGCCAACAAAGAGGCAGAGCUAAGUAAACCACAAACCCAGAUUGUCCUGUCGGAGAAUCUACCAGAUAUGCCAGUCCCGAUGGACUCGCUUGACAUGGAAUUGCAUACAUCUAGUAACCAGAUCAGUGUCAACAUGGUCAGCAAGUCCGUACGCGAGUGUCCACCAGACCUUGACUUUCAUACCAUCAUCUUAGAUGCAUCGCCAUGGAGCUUUAUUGACUCUAUGGGUGUGAAAGUUCUUGUUGCGGUAAUCGGUGAGUUUAAAGCCGUGGGUGUGAAAGUCAUGUUGGCCAGCUGUAAAGCUGGAAUUAGAAAGAUGUUUAAGAAAACCGACUUCUACAAAACCCUUGACAACACCAAAAUCUUUGUGUCUGUUCAUGAUGCUGUUCUUAGAGCACAGUUCGGUGAUGAGCCCCCACCCAUACAGAAUGGCUUAACGCUAGAUCACGAAGAUGCCAAUGAUGAGGAUGAUGACAGUGACACUGACAGCCAGAUUGAUAUCCAUUAUGCAGACGAUGAUGUGGGAAGCAGGAAAUUAGUUGUCGGUUCAAAUCUCUGAUGACUGGCCAGUUUAUUGAGUAAAUUACUGGACAGAGGCCAGUAAAAUGGACAGCUAGAUAUGUGAAGUAACGCACAUAAAAAUGGGAUAUAUUUCAUUACCGUAAUUAGCGCUGGCAGUCAACAGUGAACAGAAUAAUGAACCACUGUUUGUAUUGGUAAAAAAAAGCUAGAGAAAACCUGAUUGUGAACAUUCAAGUGAUUAUAUCCCACCAACGUAGUAAUCUUUGAAUGAAAUGCACACUAGUUAUUGAAGAUUGCUGUGUGUCACAUUGAUACAUAUACAUGUAAAUGAUAUACAGUAUUAUGUUUGUUAAACAUGAUUAAAAUCAUGCGGAUAUUAGUAACAGUUACAGAUCAAUGGUCUUUGGUAUGAAAGUGCUCAACUUGCUGUUGUCCUGGUUUAAUUAAGUUUUAAUGUUGAUCUGGUUUUCAUAGCACUGUUUGUUCAGAAAUGGCCAGUAUCAUUCAAAUGGUUACGCUUUCAAACAAAUAAACAGACACAAGGUUUACUCUAUAUGUGUCAUGCUUUUCUGUUGAAAUGUUUAAGUUUUAGUCAUAUAAAGAGUGAAAGCUUGAUAAAGUGAAGCAAAUGAACUAUACACUUACAUCUUGUUGAUGUCUUUAUUAAACAUAUUUUUCAGGUUUUGGAAUGUGCUUUUUAAUUUUGGGAAGUUUUUUUUAUUGAGAAUCACCAUUAAACCAUAGUCCUUAGUAAUUAUUAUGAUCAUUUUUGUAUGUAACAUAAAUAUGGAGAAAUGCUUUUGUUAUAAUUAGAAAACAACUGGUACUUUAUGUUUUCAUAAUGUCAAACACUCAUUUUGUUUUGAAACUGCAUUAUCUGUUUGAAAGUGUUUUUUUAAUAUCAUUGUGAAAAGUAUAGAUAUUUGUCAUACAUGUUGUUACAUAAAUGUUUAAGACAGUUACAAAAUUUGCAAGGUUGCACUGCGAGUUUGAAACUUUGAGCUUCCAUUUGCUUGUCAGUUCCAUAUUUUCAAUGCACAUUAAUUGUUUUUACAUUGACUUUAAUGUGAAGGUCAUUGAGACAAUAUGCAAAAGGCAUGAGUCAGGCAGGCCAGCUUAAGGUCAAGGUUAAACUUCAAGGUCAAAAGUAUGAGCCUCUUUUUUUAUUUUCGCACUUUAUCUUCUAUAAACAUUGAAGAAUUUUGAUGAAUUCAAAAAUCUUUUGUGUCAUUGGCCUUCUGUGCAGAAGGCAUUGGUACCAUCUUGCUGCCUAAAGAUCAAGGUCACCGUUUAUUAAAGCAUAUAACAGAUUUUCAAAAUCUUGUCAGGGGACAUAGCUUUCCCUUGACUGCCUUAAUAUCUGCACUAAAAAUAAGACAUUCUUUAUAACUGUGAGAACACAGUUUCUUGUGGUCAUUAUCAUUAGAUGUUAAAAAUAGAUUUCCACUCAGAAAUUAUAAUAAUUAUGACUGUAUAGUCAUACAAAUUUUCCCUUAAUAAAUGUGAUGAUUCAGAUCAAAUAUUUUAAUGAAAUAUUCUUGGUUUGGCUUUGUAUUGCAUUGCUUCUUGAAGAUGAAUUAUAGGUAUAGGGAUUGCUUUAUUUAUUAAAUUGUAAAAUGAAGUCAAGGUCAGGUGACAUCUGUAUUGGUGGGCACACAUACAAACCUUGACUAAUGUUCAAUAAUGUACUUAUGUGAGGUUGCAGAUCAAAUUAUGUUGAAAUUCAUUGUUUCCUGUGUAUGACACGGUAAAAAGCAAUUGUGUAUGUUUGAACCAUUGAGACAUAAUUAUAAUGAAUUAAUGAAAUUAUUGAAGAUUUUUAUAAGAGCAAUAUAGGAUAUUUGACGUGUUGAGGACUUAAUUUGUGGUAGUCCAAAUCAUAUGCUGUAAAUUAUUUUAUCAAUAUAAUCAAGAGUUGUACUCAUAUAUUAGUCACUUCAUUAUGAAAUUGUUUAUUUGCUGAUAAAAUAAAUAUUGAGUCACACUCUGUGAAAAGGGGGUUCAAUGCAAGUGCAUAAGUGUUGUCCCAGAUUAGCCUGUGCAAUAUGCACAGGCUAAUCAGGGAUGACACUUUACGCCUCCACUUGAUUUUUGCUCAGAAGAGUCUUUCUUGAAAUAAGAAAAAUAUAAAAGCGAAAAGUGUCCUCCCUGAUUUGCCUGUGCAGACUGCACAAGCUAAUCUGGGACGACACUUGACUCACAUGCAGACUGCACAGGCUAAUCUGGGACGACACUUUACUCACAUGCAUUAAACCCCCUUUUCACAGAGCACGGCCCAUAUCAUUUAAGUUAUCUUGAAUGAUUUAUCAGUUAUUGUACAUUUGUAAACAAUAUUUGAAAGCCUCAGUCCCUUGUUAUCCCUGUUCCUGAAAUAUGGCUCAUCUGUUGAAGAGAUUGAGUUUGUUUGACAAGAUAUUUUGUGUUUGUUGUUGAGUAUUUAUGUUUUGUGUUAUUAGUGUUUUUAUCUCAACUAUUCAUUGAAUAGUCAGAGCUUUUCUACUCACCCAAUUGUUGGCCUCAGUAUAGCGUGCUGUGGGUAUUCAAUGGAAACUUUAAAAAUGUUUUAAGGGUCAUUGUUGGACUUUCCUGACCAAGUUUCAUGACUCUGAAUCUGCAAUUUAGCAGAAUAAAGCCCUUUUUGUACUUAGACAAUUCUGCUUAAUGUUCAUGUGCAGCUACUUCAUAUCCAUGGAUCUACUACAGAUAUUGAAACAAAACUUCACUUACAUGUUAAGGGUCUUCAUGAAUAUUCUAUGACACACUGACCUGCUUUUUAUGAUUCUGCUCCAUCUUGUCCUAAGUUUGGUUAAACUGUUAAUCUACUACAGAUAUUCAUUUGAAACUUUACACAUGUUUUGGCGAUCAAAAAUCUCACAGACCAACCCCCACAAUUCUGACUGGAAUUAAGCAGACUAAUGCCACUUUUUGUACUUAAACAGUUCUGGUAAACUUUUGCUUGCAACAAUUUCUAGAUAACUUUAGACCUUGCAUUCGGGGCUAGAUGGAUCAAGGUCAAGGCCAUCGGUGCUAAAAAUAACAAAAAGUGUGCAAGGAUGGAGAUAUUUUGCUGAAAGUGUGUAGGUACGAUAUAAGCUGAUUUUAUGAGAAAUUGUAUUUGGAAAAGUGUGGUCAAGGUCACUAUUACUAUUAAUAGAAUAAAUUCCUGCUAAAAAAAAUGAAUUUGUAUGAUUUUUUUCUACAAUUUGGUGUGUAGGUAUGGUCCAUGCAGAGCUAUGUUGGGAUUGCAUGUGGGGGUCAGUGAAAUCAGUUCAAUGUUAUUAAGACAGUUUCUGCUCAAUAACUUUAUUUUUGAUGUAAUAAUUUUGCUAUAAUUUUGUUUUUAGGCAGUUGCAUGCAUAAUUAAGUUAGGAUUGCAUUUGGAGCCGGUUGAGUCAUUUGUAAAUUGUACUUUUUUAAUUUAUCAAAUCUUCAUCUUUUUAUUUACAUAUAAUGUAUAACUACUACAAAUAUUCAACUUAAAAAAUGUCUUUGUGGUGAAUUAUUAGGUUACUGACAGAAAAACAACAACAUUAUACUAUACUAUAACCAGAAUAGUUGAGCAUUCUGUCUUAGAGCAGCACUUGCUAUUUACAUUCAUUUUUCCUCACACAUUGAACAUUUACUUGCAGAGUUCUCAUUACAAAUAUAGCUUUACACAGACUAUUGAUAUAUACAUAGAUAUAUUUCAAUGUAUGAAUUUUUUUUAUAUAAAUUAUAUUAUUAUUAUACUGUAUGGUAUUUAAUCAGCCACGUUUGAUGACCAUUGAAACAAGGAUUUUAUAUGAAUAUGUUUUUUGUUGUUCUUAUUUAAUUGACUGAUUUUUAUGCUCCCCAAAAAUUUAUUUUGGGCGGAGCAUAUAGUUGCAGCUUCAUCUGUCUGUCCGUGUGUCCAUCAGUGCACAAUUUUUGUCCUGGCUAUUUCUCAGCAACUAAUGACCGGAAUUCAAUGAAACUUUAUGGGUAGGAUCACUACCAAGAGGAGAUGUGCAUACAUGUAUUAUCAGCGGGUUCUGGUCGGAUGAUUUUUCACAGAGUUAUGACCCUUUGAAAUUUUCUAUCAAAAAUUCUUGUACCCCCAACUACUGUGCCUUCAAGACGUUUCCUUUUAUCUGAAUAUAUAGUGCAAUAUUGUGACCAAAAAAACCUUUGGGGAGCAUCACCCGUCUUCGACGGUUUCUUGUUUAUAUUGUUUGGAAUUAAUAAUCUUCAAGACAAGUAACUGGGGCUGAAAUGUUUAUAAGAAGUGUUCCACUUUUCGAGCCGCUUAAUUUUAAAACAGGUCUGAGGACACACUUUAUCUGACACUUUAUGCGAAAGUGGGUCUGAGGACGAACAUUACCAGAUGCUUUAUGCGGAAGUGGGUCUGAGAACGAACUUUACCAGAUGCUUUAUACGGAAGUGGGUCUGAGGACAAACUUUAUCAGACGCUUUAUGCAGAAGUGGGUCUGAGGACGAACUUUACCAGAUGCCUUAUGCGGAAGUGGGUCUGAAGAUAAACUUUAUCAGACGCUUUAUGCAGAAGUGGGUCUGAGGACGAGCUUUACCAGACGCUUUAUGCGGAAGUGGGUCUGAGCAUGAACUUUAUCAGACGCUUUAUGUGGAAGUGAUUCUGAGCACGAACUUUUAGGCGCUUUAUGCAGAAGUGGGUCUGAGGACGAACUUUACCAGAUGCCUUAUGCGUAAGUGAGUCUGAGGACGAACUUUAUCAGACACUUUAUGCAAAAAUGGGUCUGAGGACCCAACUGAGCAGUGAAUCUCCAGAAAUGUCUCUGCAUAAGUAUAUAUAUGCGCUUUAAAGUUGUGAUUAUGUCCGCUAAUGAUAUCAUGAGACCUUGCAUGACUAAAGCAAACAUAUAAAACAUCUAUACAACGAA